AUGGGAUUUGAUUUACAUUAUGGAUUUUUGAUAAGUUUUCUUUUUUUAGAUUUUAGGUCUAUGUUAAGUAACUUAUUAAGGAGAAUACGUAAAUGGUUAAGAAUUUUGCCUAUGGGAUGCUUACUAUAAUAAUUAGAUAAUGUAUUUGAGAGUAUUAUGUAAAGAGCAUAAGGAAUUUAUGGAUAGGUUGGAGAGAAAAUUGGAAAGUGGGUAGAAUUAUAUGACAAUUAUUACGACCUAAAUUAAGUUAUAUAAAUAGGAAUCUAUGAGAAAGGAAAAGGAUCGAAAGAAUGGAAAAUAUUAAUAAAGGAAAGUUAUAGCAAAAGAAUGAUAAAUAUGUAAUUAAAGUAUUUAAACAAACAAUUAGUGGAGGAGGAACAUAUGAUAUAGAAGGUGAGAAAGUUGGAUUCUGGGUUGAGCCUCAUUAUAAUUUUUAUGAGUAAUCGUGAUAUUUAUCUCCACAGAGAUUGUUAAAUUAUAAUGACGGGUGAUUAUUAACUUGGUUAAAGAAUAGGAAACUGGGAAAUUUACUUGAGAAGAUACUAAUAUGAUUAAUAUAAAUCCAUGUAUCCCAAUAUCUAACUAUGUGCUCUAUAGAGGAGAAGGAAAUUACAAUUAAUAGGGUGUUAAAAUUGGAAGAUGGGACGAGUUAGAAACAAUCACUAAUUAAUUUACUCUGGUAUUUAUGAAAAUAGAAAUAAACAUGGGAGAUGGGACAUAAAAUAUAGAAAGUAACAAGAAGAAUUUACAAUAAUUGGGGGAGGUUAUUUUGAAAAUAAUGAAAAAAUUGGAAUGUGGGUUGAACCUAUCCAAUAUUUUAAUUAAAAUAAAUAAAUAUUAUUUGAAGGAUGCUAUAAAAAAAAUAAAAAGCAUGGUUGGUGGAAUAUGUAUUGCAAAAAAAGUUAUGAAAAUGAAUUAAUAGGUGGAGGAAAUUAUGAAGAUAAGUAUGGCACCAAAAAUGGGGUGUGGAAUGAAAUUGAAGAAAUUUCUUAUUUCCCCAAAGAAUUUUCGGCUAUUAUGAGAUAAUAUUUAAAUGGCAUGAAAUUAUAUCCAAUUACAAAAUAGUUUAUGAUUUGA